AGAAUUACUAAAUUUGUGCACUUUACCACACCCUCUUUUUCAGAUGUUCUAACCACUGCACAUGAUCUGUCUUACGGCACACCCACCAAUUCAAUAAAUAUAUCUAAUUUUAAAGACAAUAUCGAACCCUCAGCCACCACUUUUCCUUACACCUUCCCAUACUUUCUCUAUCCCAAACGAAUCCCUCUUGCUCUCGCAUCGCAUCGUCCUGCUAUCGAUCAGCGUCCGCAUUCCUUUGAAUUUAGCAAUUAUUCCACCUUCUCUGAAUUCGGCACCAACAUGAAUGUAGAGCACAAUAAUAGGAAAAAUUUUGUAUUGCACUCGCACCUUAAUCAUGAACUUGAGCACACUCAUCUACCGCCGAGGAGUGGGGUACAUGAAAAUGAUGUUACCGAAUGGCAUCAUCAUCAUCAUCACCGUAAUCGGCAUGAGGAGGAACAUCAUCAGAUUCACGACAAGCAAUCGACCACAUUACUGCAAGAGGAAAUCAUGGAAAUUGUGAGAUCGAUGGGAAUGGAUGACAAUUUCCAUAACAGAUUAUUUGAUGAAAAUAUGGUAUUGGUUGAUACUCCCUUAAUUGCACCGCCAAGCUCUCAGUACUCCAACCUAUACACCGCCGGAAUAUAUCCAUACAAUCUGACGGCAUUUCAGAGUGGCUCCUCAAUGUCAUCAAUGGAAAAUAUGUUGAUUGAUACGAUGGAUAAUUUAGAGAAACACAGCAAUAUGGAUACCCAAAUUCCUGAGUCAUCAGUCCCGGAAUUACUCAAGAUCCCCUUUCAGAGUACAUGUCACAUUGUUCUGGAGGCGUGCAGAGAAGAUCCUUCUUGUUCAUCAUCAUUGCAACCAGUUCUUUUGCACUGUGAAAACCAUCGGUGCAAUAGGAAUGCUUGCAUGGAAGCUCUUCAAACUUUUUAUCGUGCUCAACAUGAAGAUUUGAGUCUCGACAUUGCAUUUUGUCUGUGCAAGAAAGCGUCGAGUCGGCAGGAUAUAUGUCUAUCAGCUCAAGAAAAAUUGCAUCCAAUUUGCGCUCAAAAGCCCCCAGAUAAUACAAAUACACAAACCACAAAUGGUGUGAUUUAUCAAUUACCACCAACAUGCCAUGCUGUUGUGGAUUUAUGCAAAGAAGAUGCUGAAUGCAAAAUACGAUUGGAGCAAUAUGAGCAGGCGUGCGCUAUAGAUAGUGUGACGCGAAAGUGCGCCGGUAGGGCCAACAUUUGCCGUUCAGCCUUACUUGGAAUUCUUGGAACAUCUCUCCGUACAACAUGUAGCUGCCAAGGGGCAGAUUUGCAGCAGAUAUACGAAUGUCUUGGAUGGCACAAAUUAUUGUGGCAAAAUCCCUGUGUCGUUGAGUCGCAGAAGGACUUUCACUUGAAGCGCCUGGCUGAGCUGGGCUUGUUGACAAUACCAACCAUGCCCAGCAUAACAACAACCACCACGGUCGCUACCUUUGUCGGGAUAACCGAAGUUGAAAUACCACUUCAUCCUAUUCCGCCAUUCAAUUCGUACUUACCCACCGAAGGUCCAUUCGAGACAAACUACAUUGAGGCAUCAGAGUCCUACUCAGACUCAAUAAUGCAGCAGCAUGGAAAUGAAUUAAAUUCCUCCAUUGAAGUAAAGAAUGGCAAUUUGUCUGAAGAGCAAUUAUUUGUCUUUCUGACGAGUGAAACGACGGAGGAUGAUACAACGAUUUCCACAACUACAACACCAAAGCCAGUGCCGACAAGAUACUGUCUUGUGCAGCGAGCGCAUCAGAAUGAUCAGCAAAUACCAGAAGGAAAGAGCAAGCGGCUGUACUUGCUCGACGACCCAGAGUGCAGUGAGCUCUGCACCUGCUCCGACGGAGGAGAGAACCCGACGUUGUCCUGCUACGCCCUCUGCGUGCCCCUGGUCCCAUGCCGGACUGCCCUGGCGUACUACAGCCACGCGUCUCCGGCCUACCAGGCGUUCCGGGGACGCUGUCUCUGCUACUCAGGGCGCUUCAUUUGCAUGCGCCCACCUCCGGGCGAGUACUUCCUUCCAGGUGGGGUAUUUCUGUUACUGGGAUACAGCUCAACAGACGAAGCCCUCCUGCGACCGCACACGAAUCUUGGCAUUCAAGAUGCCGUGAGAGCACUCCAGCAGUACAUGGUGGAACACGUAAAUAAUCAAACAUCAUGUACUCUAACCUUAUUCAAUAUGACUGAUGAGAAUGUUAUAAUAUCAGCAAGACUUCCACACGAUCCGAAAGUAAAUCCUCUGGAGCUUCUGCGGCGGGAAAAGGCUCAGUGCAAGUCCAUUCUGGAGGCAAUAAGCCAUCACAUAAAUACCCAGUACACAGAAUUGUCAUCCGAUAGGCUACUGAGUAUAUUUAAAAUGGCUGAAAUGCAAGUAAUUAUACCAGACAUCAGCGGAUCAACACACACCAUCAAUUUCAAUUUGAGAUUACACAUAUUAUUGCCGGUCUUCACUGUUCUGCCCACCAUAUUCAAAUUGUACAUGAGUAUUUACCAUAUUUUAUGACAUGGCAACUACUGUACAAUAUGUUGAGGAUUCAUUUGUAAGCAUAAUCAGUUAUGUGUAAUAUUAAGGCAGUGUUCUUCAUUGUAAAUGAACCCUGAUUUAUAUACUGUAUAGAGAAUCAAUUACGCAUGUUUUAACAUGAUCUGUUGUUGUCUGUAUCUCACUCAAGAGAUAAAUGUAUUCCAAGUCCAUCGAGGAAUAACUAUGAGGAUUUGCAAUAAUAAGAAGACAAACGUAUUUUUAAUAAGAUUCUAGUUACUCGAACAAUUCUCUUGAAAAGAGUCUCAUUGAAGUUAACUUGGAUGGUACAGUGAGUAUAAAUGACUUAGUUGGUAUUCUUUCAUGACAUAUAGUUGAUGGCAAUGUGUAUAUAUAAACCCUCAUAGGCAAUACAUUCUACGACAAAGUGGAGAGGAUGACAAGAUAAGCUCAAAAUUUCAUUACAUAAAAAGACACUGAAACAUUCUUGACAAGCAGAAUAUCGGAUAUGUACUGAAUAGCAAAAGCUAUAUUAAAUAUUAUUAUGUAUAUAUGUUUGUUGCGUUGCACGUAUAAAUUUGAUUGAUUUUUCUCAUGAAAUUACAAGAAAUAUUUUACCAACAUUCACCGCUACAUAGACGAAAGUAUCUUCCUUCAAGGCAAAAUUAAUAUUUUGUGCUGAAAAGUGAAUAAAAUCUAUUACUAAAAUACAUAUCAUUUUUAUUGAUAUUUCAACAAUCACAAAAUAUAUACCAAUGUCUUUUAAAUUUUAUUGAGUGUAUUUUAUUGAGUGGAAGAUAAAUCUUUAAGUAUUUUGGAAUUUUAUACGGAUAUACAUGCAUGAGAUUAUUUACAAAUAAUCUCUAUAUUGUAUUUUUACACAAAUUUUAUUGACGACAUCAUUCAUAUUUGUAAUUUAAUAACAUUCGAGUGUGAGUCCUUUUUGGCAAAAGUCACAACAAAAAUAUGAUGGCAUAUAAGAAUUAUCCCACUUAACUUUCCGUUUUAUGACUAUAACACCAUAUCCAUUAGCUUGACCGCAUCAAUGCUCAUUUUGAAUGUCAUCCUAAAUGGCUUGAUAUUGUAAAAUGCACUUAGGAUGUAUGAAAUAUUCGAAAUCGAAUUACUCUCCCUAAUAGCAAAUGAAAGUUGUAGUUUGUAGAGAUAAAAUCACAUAUUUUGUGCACAUUUAAAGUAUUAGAGAGCUUACCAGAUGAGAGAAAAUAAUAAUGGAAGUAAAGAAUACUUUAAGGUAAAGGCAAGAGAAUUAUAGUUUUAAAAUCACUAUUUGACAAUAUGCAACAAUUAAGCAUAACUUACAAUGAAAUAGCUAUACUUUCACAUUUAAUAAACGCCAAAUAUUAUAUUUUUGUAUUAAAACGAGUAUGGAAUUUUUCGUUGAACUGUUUAAAAAAGAUUGUAACUAUACAUUUUUUAAAUAUUUGAUGGGAGGAAAAUGGAGUGGCAAUAAGUUUUGUAAAUUGUUGUAAUGUAUUUAAAAAAAAAAAGAAAAGAAAAAUUGUCAAAGGAGAUGAACAAUUGGAAUUUAAAAUGCUUAUGAAUUGUCCAAGUCCAUAAUUGAGCUUGAAGUUUACGUUGUAGAUUUUUGUAAUAGCGUAGAUUAAAUUGUCUUUCGCUUUCUUGAUUUCAAAAUGACAUUACUAAGCAUACUCAGUGUGGCCAGUUUACACUGAAGUGUCUCGUUAUAUUGGUAUAUUUUCCAAUGAAUGUUAGAUGACCAUUAAUACGAUGUAUGGCUCUAAGCAAUAGAUAAAAACAUUAAAAAUUGAAGGGGUUUCACAGCAUGUGUAAUACAUGUCAAAGUAUAAUUAUUUCGUUGAGUGUAUGCUUAAGAUAAGGAAUUAAAUUCUAAGAUGGUGUAUAAAAUGAAUAGGUCUAAAAACUAAAGAAAAUAUACUAAAAAAAAUUUAUAAAUGUGUAAAGUGCAUUCUGAAAAGGUGUUUCAUUGAAAACAAGUCAUGUAAUGCAACACUUUGUAUGAAUAAUUUCUGUUGAGAUUGUGAAAACAGAUAAUUUAUUUGUAAUAUAGUCUGGAUUGAAGACUGAUCUGUAGAAUUUUUUUGGCUGAUAUUUUUGUUUUUUGGAGAUUUUAAUGGAAAAAAAAUAUCACGUCAAAAUUUGCACUUGAAAAUAUGAACUUUUAGACAUGUUUGUAUAAGAAACACAUUUUCUGCUGAUAGCUUUCGAGACGUUGGUGCAAUAUUGUAAAGAUCUAGAAAUAAUGAAGAAAAAUGUAUUUUUAAAGGUAAAAAGUGGUCCUCAACCAAAUUUUCUCCAAGACUUUGCUAGUUGAUUUACCGAAACUUUCCGCAAAGCUCUAUUACUCUUGCAUUUCUUCAGCUGUAUCAAUAGCGGUAUGUGGAGUAUGAGUAUUUCUGUUGAUUGUGUCCCAAGGCAAGAAUGAUUUGUUGUGCAAAGAAUUUUAAUUAACUGUAGCUUGUUACAUGUGCUUAAUUAAUCACAUAAAAGAAAAAUAAAUAAUAGCGAAAUGGGUAAAAGUAGAGAGACAAAGUACAUAAAUGUAAUAGGAGUCGCAUGAAGAUGGUUAAGAGUCAAUCAUGUUUAAUCCAAUAUUUUAUAUGUGUUCUGAUAAAGAAAAAAAAAAACACCUCUUUAAAGUAAUUUGGGCUAUAGUUUCCCCUUUCUCUAAAAUGCAAAUCUAAUUUUGUCGAUGAUAAAGUUGCGCAGCACAUUGCAUAGAAAUUGCAAACAAAAAUAUAUUGUCUAUUUGAUGAUCUUCACACUUAUUCUUGAAACUCUAAGCAAUUGAAAAAAAAUUUAGAAGUAGAACCCAUAAAGGGCAAAUACAUAUCGUCUAGUCUUCCCAAAAUGAAAUAACAUAUCAAGGAUAAAUAAAAUUUUAAACGCAUAAAAUAACUUUUAUUUACGAACAAUUAUAUGAAGAGACGUGCAAGGAGAAAAUAAUAUAUAUUAUUUAGUGAGAAUUGAAGGAAAAUAUUAUUCCUUACUAUUUAUAUAUAAUCCAGAAUAAAUUUAUUUAAUAGAAAAAUGCUUUAAAAGAAACUUUUGAAUAAAACAACACACAGAAUCCACUAUUGAAUAAAAAAAAAACAUUACAACAUGCAUAAAUGUACUCACAAAAUAAAAUAAUUAAUCAAUAUUGAACGUAGCGCUCUAUUAGAUGAAUAUCCUCAGAGAUCUAUUCAUAUGCUGAAUGGUUGAACAAUAAUAGUAAUAAAA